GUUACUUGUCAAUUUUAUCUGCUACAACAGUAACUUUGAGCAAAGCUUAGCAGCAAUGGUAGCAGAAAUAGAGUAGUACUUUAUAUUCAUUUUUUCAUACUGUUUGAGAAAAGCUGUUUGAUUUCAUACUGUUAUCAUUUUCAAUAUGUUAUACUGAUAUGUUUAUCACUGUGAAAGUAUUGGCCGUAUCAUAUGCAAAAGGCGCGUUUGAAGAUCCCCUGCUCUCUUUAAGCCGACGAUCACAUGGCCCCAUUUCAGCAUCAAACAUACAGCAAUCUAGUACAAGAUGAUGAACCUCAAGAAACUAGCCUUCUUUGCUUUGCUAAUCGUCCUCGCUGCUCAGGCGUUGGAGGGCCGACUCCAAUCGUGCAAUCCGAGUGGCAAAAUCAGAGGAAAGAAACCACCUCCGGGACAAUGCAACCAGGAAAACGACUCCGACUGCUGUAAACAAGGGAAGCUCUACACCACUUACAAAUGCUCUCCCCCCGUCUCUGGAAGCACGAAAGCAGUUCUCACCAUCAACAGCUUCCAGAAGGGUGGAGACGGAGGCGGUCCAUCAGAAUGUGACAAUCAGUACCACUCUGAUGACACUCCAGUCGUCGCGCUGUCAACUGGAUGGUACAGCGGAGGGAGCAGAUGCCUCAAAAACGUAACUAUAAGUGGCAAUGGCCGGAGCGUGACAGCAAUGGUGGUGGAUGAGUGUGAUUCCACAAUGGGAUGUGAUGAGGUUCACGACUAUCAGCCACCCUGUCCUAACAACAUUGUUGACGCCUCAAAGGCUGUCUGGAAAGCCUUGGGGGUUCCCCAAGGAGACUGGGGUGGCUUGGAUAUCACCUGGUCGGAUUCUUGCAACCCGAGUGGCAAAAUCAGAGGAAAGAAACCACCUCCGGGGCAAUGCAACCAGGAAAACGACUCUGAUUGCUGUAAACAAGGGAAGCUCUACACCACUUACAAAUGUUCUCCCCCCGUCUCUGGAAGCACGAAAGCAGUUCUCACCAUCAACAGCUUCCAGAAGGGUGGAGAUGGAGGCGGUCCAUCAGAAUGUGACAAUCAGUAUCACUCUGAUGACACUCCAGUCGUCGCGCUAUCAACUGGUUGGUACAGCGGAGGGAGCAGAUGCCUAAACAAUGUGACUAUAAGUGGCAAUGGCCGGAGUGUGACAGCAAUGGUGGUGGAUGAGUGUGAUUCCACCAUGGGAUGUGACGAAGUUCACGACUAUCAGCCUCCGUGUCCUAACAACAUCGUCGAUGCCUCAAAGGCUGUCUGGAAAGCCUUGGGGGUUCCUCAAGGCGAAUGGGGCGGCUUGGAUAUCACAUGGUCUGAUGCUUAGUAACAUCAUUUGAUUCUUGAUGAUUUGUUAAAAUUAUGCAAGAAUAUGACUAUCUCUAUAUAUUAAACCAUGUUAAGAUCCCUACACAGUAUAUGUUAUUCCUUGUUUUACUUCAGUCACAGUUUUAUCAUGGCAUGGGUGAUGAAAUGUAUGCUUCUGUUUUUUUCACAAACAAA